AUGCCGAUAGCGUGUCGCGGUAGAUGCCUGGUUAGAGCAUGCGCAGUUGAGCGAGAGGACUUUUAUCUGUGUGUGUUGUCUAUUGAUUUGAUGCCAUUGUGUACGUCAGUUACAGAACAAGGAUAUUGUAAAAAGCACCCUGUGUCUAGAUACUUUGAUAUAAUGAGUGAGACGGUAAAAUCUGAAAACGUAACACAGUCGGAAAUGCAGCCCGGCUAUUGUUCUGCAACAUGCACAGAUAAAGCAUGUCUGCAGCAAGAGAUUAAAACACCAGAGUUGAAAACCUCCGAUAAGUUUGCUACUUGUAACCUACCUAAGAGAUUUGAACAUCCUCAUUGGUUUAACGGCUACGGCUGUCAAGUCAGCAAGCAACAUCCCUUCUAUAGAACAUCGGCGAGCGAAUACGGAUGGUACCCACCAGGAUACCACUCAGUGCCAUCCGUGUUCUUUCCUGCCGGCCAGACCUUUACAAACCGCCUCGCAGCCGCGGGCAUGUAUCGCAACUACAGCCUCAACACUGGCAUGGACCCUGUCGGAUACCGU